AUGGAUUACUCUGAUGGAGAUGCGUCCGAUCACAAUCCUGUCGGGGAAGUCCUCUACCCCGAUAUUGACGAAACAAACCAAUAUCCUUGGCAAGGGAGCCAACCAUCUGCUUCUGCUCAGCCUUCCAUUCAGUCAGUUAUAGACCCUCGUCUAUACAAAGGACUCUUCGCAAGCAACGCGUCACAAGCACAGGACCAAUCUUUUAUCAAUGAGAGGGAGCUUGAGCAAGACGACUCGGCCGAAGACUCUAGCUAUGAAUUAUCUUCUGAAGAAGAACCCUCCACAGACGAAGAAGCUUCAGACCAGUCUGUUGAGGGUUCAGAUGAAGAUGAAGAGUAUUCUCGUAGGCGUCGCCGCAGGCGCACGGGUCCCUUCUCCGGUCGAUAUGGUGCCCGGGGUGGUAAGGGGAUUAAGAGAGGUCCCCGCAAACCGCUGGAACCUAGCCCUGAGUUCAAAAUCCUGCAUUCAGAGGCAACGUCUGCCUUUAUCGACGGAGACUAUGACCGCGCCAUCGAGCUGGUGAAGCGCGCAAUCCAGAUCAAUCCCGAAAUGUUUGCUGCUCACUCUUUACUAUCGGAGAUUUUCUUAGCAAAAGGUGAGAAGGAUAAAGCCGUGGGGGCCCUAUUUAGUGGUGCCCAUACACGACCAAGAGAUGCAUCUGUUUGGGCAAAGGUGGCAAGAAUGAUCAUGGAACAAGCAGGGGAGGAUCGGCAGGCCGCACUAAACGACGUCAUUUACUGCCACAGCCGUGUGAUCGAAAUUGACCCUAAGAACUACAAUGCUCGCUUUCAACGGGCUGCUAUCUAUCGAGAAUUGGGAUACAACGGAAGAGCAGCGACUGAAUACGAAAGAAUUCUCAAAGAGCUUCCGCACAACGCAAGGGCUCUACGGCACUUGGCGGAAACUUACAUCGACCAGAAUGAGGUGCAGAAGGCUGUAGACUACUGGUCUGAGAGCGUCCAAUACUAUAUGACUCAAGAUCCAGAAAAGAAUCCCGAAUUUACUUGGUCAGACGCCAACAUCUACGUGGAACUUUAUACCUACCUCGGGCAGCAUUUUGAGGGCCUCAAGGCUUUGAAAUCGGUAUCAAGAUGGCUAUUAGGACGUAGAGACGACAAAAUGUGGAAAGAUUUUGACGAAGACGAUCGCGAGUGGGACGCAGAUGAUUCUCCUCGAAGGAUCAAAGCCCAUGGCUACGUACCAAAAAGAUGGCCACGGGACUCUUACGGCUUGGGUCUCCCCCUGGAACUCCGCAUAAAGAUGGGUCUGUUUCGGUUGAAAUUGGGCUAUGAGCACCAAGAGGAAGCGUUGCACCAUUUUGGCUGGCUAAACCCGGAAGAUACGUCUGAGGGCGCCCGAAUUUUCGAUUACGGUGAUCUCUUCCGUGAAGUUGCAGACGCACUCACGCAGGCUGGCUUGCUCGAGGAGGCUCUUCGGUUCUACAUGCCAAUCCAACAGACUAACGAGUAUGCGGACGUCAGCUUCUUCAUGGCGAUGGGAGAUUGUUGCAGGCUUUUAGGGCGGCUUGAGGACGCAGAGAACUGCUAUCUGACUGUCUCGGAAUAUGAUGUCAGAAAUAUUGAAUCACGGGUGCAACUGGCCAAACUAUACGAGAGCAUUGGAAUGACCGAACAGGCGCUAAAGUAUGUCAACGAUGCAGUCCUCCUGGGGAGGCAGGAAACCAGAAGCCAUCGGCGACGAAAAGAUACACGGCUUGACCAACUUGCAAAGGAGUUUAAGACAGCAGAUGCGACUGCUGAGACUGAGGACCUAGAAUAUCCAGAAGGAAUUGCCGGCGGUCCCACAGGGGCCCUAGGCACAAAGUUUGGCGAAGAAGGGGACUCAGAAAGGACGGACAAUAUACAAUUCCUCUAUAGUAAAUUGCUUCAACUACAACCCAAGCUCCAAGAGGGAAAUCCGGAGACUACUGAGGAUUGGUUGGAUAUUGCUGAUGCACUUUUGCGCGAAUUUCGGUCCAACCGAGUUUUCUAUCCGCUGCAACGCAGUGUCGUCUUCCUAGGUUAUUCGCACGAACUACAAAAGAAGGGAGGCCAAAAGUCUCUCAUGGACGAAAUGCAAGAAAUGGCUGGCCGCCUCCAAGAAUCCUUAGGAACUAUCACCGAAGAGCCUCUACAAGCGGCAAUUCCCACUGACUACUAUGGAAUUAAGUUCGACGAAUGGCUCGAUCUGUUCUUGCAGUAUGCUCUUGUUGUAACAGGGCAGAAUGAGUCUGGUGAAGCAUACGAUACUCUUGCAGCUGCCGCAGAUGCAAGUGUCUGGUAUCACUCAAAGAACAGCACCCGUUUGAUCCAUGUUUGCUGGUUCACGUGCGCACUUCGAGUUCAAGAUGAGGAAACCCUCGCUAACGAGGCACGUUGGUUUAUUAAAGAGUACCAAUUCGUAACCGACACUUACCGGUUAUUUUCUAUCUUAAGUCGUCUCUGCGGCGACCCUCACAGGUCCCUCUUCCAUUCAUCGCCAAACAUGAAGUUCAUGCUCCGGCAGAUCAAAGCAAUGGACUUUACUCUCCCAGAGAGCAUUAGAGGCACCCGCCCAAACAAGCCCAUUCGAGAGUCGAUCUACAAGGAACGAGCAGCGCUGUCUACAAAGGACGACAUGGGGGAAGCUAUCCCAGCAGAAGAAAUGGACGUGGCACUCUUAGUUCUCUACGGUCAUAUCCUCUAUUCCGGUAACAGUUUCUAUCCGGCUCUGAACUACUUCUUCCGCGCGUACGCGCUUGAUGACCAGAAUCCAGCCGUCCUCCUCUCCAUUGGCCUUUGCUACAUCCACCACUCCCUCAAACGACAGUCAGAAAACCGGCACUACCAAAUUAUGCAAGGCCUAUCUUUCAUGAACGAAUACAGACGCGUCCGCGAACGACCCGGAAGCCUCCUAAUAGAAAGACAAGAGAUGGAAUUCAAUUUCGCCCGCAUAUGGCAGUCCCUCGGCCUUGCACACCUUGCUGUCGAGGGCUACAAACGCGUCCUCGAGCUAGGCAAGCAAAUUCAGGCUCAAUCCCGGGGAUCAGAAGCCCCCGGCCAGAAGGACGGCAACGAUGUGGUCAUGGCCGAUGUAGACCCUGCGAUAACCGGAGUAGUGACGACAAUUUCGACAUUCGUGGAGGAUUUUUCCCGCGAAGCGGCACUGGCACUGCAGGGCAUCUAUGCCACCAACGGUGAUUUCCAAUCAGCGCAAGCUAUCACAGCCGCCUGGCUCGUUAUCUAA